AAUAUCUCUUGAAUGUGUCUCCAUCUCAGGAUUAUAGUGAUGGAAGCUCAAGUUUGAGAUUUUUCCCUCAGAUUUCAAGUAACAUCAUAUGCCUAUGGUGGCGUUAUUGUCCAUUGAAGCGUUUGCCUUCUAAUUUUAAGGCUGAGUAUCUGGUUGAACUCAUAAUGGAGGAUAGUGACCUUGAGAAGCUGUGGAAUGGAACUCAGUUACUUGGAAGCCUAAAGAAGAUGAUUCUGCGUAAUUCCAAAUAUUUGAAAGAAAUUCCAGAUCUUUCUUUAGCCACAAACCUCGAGAGACUAGAUCUUUGUAAAUGCGAAGUGCUAGAAAGUUUUCCAACUCCUCUCAACUCGGAAUCUCUUGAGUACCUCAAUCUCCUACGAUGCCCCAAGUUGAGAAAUUUCCCUGAGAUUAUUAUGCACAGUUUCAGAGGAGAAAUUGACAUCGAGGUAGCAGAUUGUUUAUGGAACAAGAAUCUCCCUGGACUCGGUUAUCUUGAUUGCCUUAGGAGAUGUAAUCCAAGUAAAUUUCGCCCAGAACAUCUCAAAGACCUCACAGUGAGAUGUAACAACAAGCUUGAGAAGCUAUGGGAAGGCGUCCAGGUAAUUCAUACGUAUAUUAUAUAUUGAUCAAGAUUCAAUAAGAGAUUCAUCCGUACAAAUAAGGAGAAAGGCCUAGUAUUGGGUAUGUGCUACAAGGAGUUGGGCCGAACACAUGAGAAGUCUAUGGAGAGCUUCUAGAAAGAGUGAAGGCGCACAAAUAUCUCUUGUAGCCGUUGAAGAGGACUCACGAGUGUCUUUAGCGACAUGGUCAACCAAGGACCAGUCGCUCUCACCAUCAAGACCAAGGAACCUCUUCUCUCAUGUCUCUUUCAGUCUUACGUUAAUUGUAAACGGUCAUAUUCCCUUUGUGUGUCUUUAAAUACAUUGUAAACACACAAAGGUUACUAACUAAUUCUAUCAAUAUGAUUUGGUCAUUCUCACUCAUAUACCAACUCUCUUGUUCUUCAUAAUUCUCUUACUCUUUGCUACAAUUCCGCAUAUUCUUUCAUUAUAUACAAGGACAACUGAUAACCACAAAAUUUGUGUUUUCAAAAUAUCUUUGUAGAGGAAACGAAUGUAAGUUUCUGUCUACUUGCCUAGAAAUUGAAAUAUUAUUUCUGUCUUGUACAAAGACUAAGACUUAUCAUAAUUCAG